GCCAGACUACACACCUGAUUACUACGUUUUCUACUAAUCCGGCGGAACCAACACGUCAACAACUUCCUUCCCGUUACGUCCUCUCCUACCUGGACUAUCUCUACAUUACCCCUAGAUCUGCUGCACACGGUGCUCUGCAGCUCAAAUAAUACCAAGGCGCUCGGCAAUAGCAACAGAUCAUCCUCUUGCCUUUCGUCAUCAUCUCUCUCGUUGGAGUUUCUUGCUCUCCUCUUUUUGCAAACGUCACACCUUCUGCGAUGAGCAAUAAAGGCCGUUCGACGCCGAGAGUGGUAUGUUGUGCAAUUCCCAUUGCACGCUCGGCGGGCAAAGUGCUCCUAGUCACAAGUCGGAAACGAAAGGAUAGUUGGGUUUGUGAGUGGCCACUCCUAUUUCUUAUUCUUCGUGGCAUGUCUGACUAUCUUUCAUCUAACUUCAAUUACAAAUUAUCUUUGCGUGCACAAACGAACUCAGUGCCUAAAGGAGGUUGGGAGCCGUCAGAUGGGGUGCUAGAAGCAGCAGCCUCACGGGAAGCCUUGGAAGAAGCUGGCGUCCGUGGAACAAUUACUCGCUUCGUCACGACGAUCCCCUCUGCGUCGUCAACGUACCAUUUUUACGAACUCGACGUGGCCGACCUUGAUCCGGAUUGGUUAGAGAGUGGAGAACGGCGAAGAGAGUGGGUAGAUUAUGCUGAGGCAGUGAAGAGGAUAGCGUGGAAGUCAGAGCUUGUGCAAGCGUUGGCCCUCUCGUCAAUAGCACCCAAACGGUGAUCGUCGCCGUCAGCCAGUUAGCUCACGACUGACGGCCCACCGGAUGGCGGACUGCUUACGGAUGCCGCAAAACACACAGAACGCCGACCAUCUUCAGUCACCACCUUCAAUAUCCCGGUCGUCAUCUCGCUCUCGUCAUCGCCGCCUUGUCCAUCCCCGUCGGAUUUUAGAUUCAUCCUCUAUAAAUCAAAACUCUGCUCAAGCUUAUACACCGUUAACAUAUCAGACUGGCACCUAUCACCCUUUUUUUUUUCCCAGUUCGCAUCUCAACAUCUGUCGCAAUUUAGAACUUUGAUACUGCUCAUUGUAUAGUCGCUCCCCUCCUAGUAUCCUCCAAUAUCGUCGUCAUUCAAACUUUGCCGUAUCUUAGCUGCCAUCUCCUUACAUAUUUUGCAAGUUCGCGGUGCCUGCUUUCCCGGGAGCGAUCUAUGUCGAAUUGCUUGCCGUCUUCUCAUUGAUGGACUUUUAUGUACAUAGCUUAAUACUUCGCUGUCGGGUACGCUCGGCUCUCAUUUCUUGCUUUCGUAUUAUAGAAUUGCUUUUCAAGCAGUAUAUACAAUGCGAGAUGACGACUAUUCC